AUGCUUCGACAUUCUCUGGCUCGUUCGGCUUGGCGGACCAGCAGGCAGGCCGCCAGUGCCACCAGAGCCUUUUCCGCGACUGCUCAACGGCCCGCCGAGGUCGAGCUCACAGUCGACGGCAAGAAGGUCUCGAUCGAAGCUGGAUCCGCGUUAAUUCAGGCAUGCGAGAAGGCCGGAGUCACUGUGCCUAGAUACUGCUAUCAUGAAAAACUAAUGAUCGCCGGAAACUGUCGUAUGUGUCUGGUCGAAGUCGAGAAAGCCCCCAAGCCCGUCGCAUCAUGCGCAUGGCCCGUCCAGCCCGGCAUGGUCGUCAAGACCAACUCGCCCCUCACACACAAGGCCCGCGAAGGUGUCAUGGAGUUCCUGCUGGCAAACCACCCUCUCGACUGCCCCAUCUGCGACCAGGGUGGCGAGUGUGACCUUCAGGACCAGUCCAUGCGAUACGGUGGCGACCGAGGCCGAUUCCAUGAGAUUGGCGGCAAGCGUGCCGUUGAGGACAAGAACAUCGGCCCCCUGAUCAAGACCUCCAUGAACAGGUGUAUCCACUGCACGAGAUGUAUUCGAUUCGCCAAUGACAUCGCCGGUGCUCCCGAGAUGGGCUCCUUCGGCCGUGGCAACGACAUCCAGAUCGGCACCUACCUCGAGAAGAACCUGGACUCGGAGAUGUCUGGGAAUGUCAUCGACCUCUGCCCCGUGGGAGCUCUGACCUCCAAGCCCUACGCUUUCCGCGCCCGUCCGUGGGAGCUGAAGAAGACCGAAUCCAUUGAUGUUCUUGACGGUCUAGGCUCCGCCAUCCGUGUCGACUCCCGUGGCCUCGAGGUCAUGCGUGUUCUGCCCCGCCUGAACGACGACGUCAACGAGGAGUGGAUCAACGACAAGUCCCGAUUUGCCUGCGACGGCCUCAAGACCCAGCGUCUGACCAUGCCUCUGGUUCGCCGUGAGGGCAAGUUUGAGCCGGCCUCAUGGGAGCAGGCUCUGACCGAGAUCGCUGCCGCUCACCAGGCACUGCAGCCCAAGGAGAACGAGUUCAAGGCCAUCGCUGGUGCCCUCACCGAGGUCGAGUCCAUGGUGGCCAUGAAGGACCUGGCCAACAAGCUUGGCUCGGAGAACUUGACUAUUGAUACCCCCGCUGGCAAGGCCCCUGUUGCUCACGGAAUCGACGUGCGCUCCAACUACCUCUUCAACUCCCUGAUCUGGGGCAUUGAGGAGGCUGACUGCAUCCUGCUCGUCGGCACCAACACCAGGCACGAGGCUGCUGGCUUGAACGCCCGUAUCCGCAAGCAGUGGCUGCGAUCUGACCUCGAAAUCGGUGUCGUCGGCGAGACCUGGGAUUCCACGUUCGAGUUUGAGCAUCUUGGCGCCGACUUCGCCGCCCUGAAGAAGGCCCUCACUGGACCUUUUGGCAAGAAGCUCCAGGCAGCCAAGAAGCCCAUGAUCGUUGUUGGCUCCGGUGUCACCGACUCUCCUGAUGCCAAGGCCAUCUACGAGCUCAUUGGCGGCUUCGUCGACAAGAACGCCGCCAACUUCCUCACCCCCGAGCACAACGGAUACAACGUCCUGCAGAGAGAGGCCUCGAGAGCCGGUGCCUUUGAGGUUGGCUUCGUCCCUCCAUCGGCAGCUGUUGCCGAGACCAAGCCAAAGAUGGUCUGGCUGCUUGGUGCCGAUGAGUUCAACGAGGCCGAUAUUCCCAAGGAUGCUUUCGUCAUCUACCAGGGCCACCACGGCGACCGCGGUGCCCAGAUUGCCGACAUCGUUCUCCCUGGUGCCGCCUACACUGAGAAGGCUGGUACCUACGUCAACACCGAAGGACGCGUACAGAUGACCCGUGCUGCCACUUCGUUACCCGGUGCCGCUCGCACCGACUGGAAGAUUAUCCGUGCCAUCUCCGAAUUCCUCGGCGCUCCUCUGCCCUACGAUGAUGUUGCGCAGCUGCGAGACAGAAUGCAAGAGAUCAGCCCGGCCCUUACCGCCUACGAUGUCGUUGAGCCUACGUCAUUAAAGCAGCUCAGCAAGGUACAGUUGGUGGACCAGAACAAGGGCUCGAAGCCCAGUGGUGAGGCCCUGAAGAAGGUCAUCGAUGACUUCUAUUUCACAGACGUUAUCUCUAGAAGCUCGCCAACGAUGGCGCGUUGCUCAGCUGCCAAGAAGACGGGCAACCCGAAGACGGACUUCAUGGCACCCGGUAUCACUGAGGACAAGCCCAUGGGCCAGGUCGCGUACGGUGCAUGA